AUGCCGCGGUUUUGGCCAUUUUCACACAACGAUGAGAGCUCUACAUUUCAUCGUACAUCGUUGAUCGAAGGUAUUGAUGAUGAUGCUUUACUGUUGAUUUUCUUUGUUGCUUGCUUAAUCGGUCUUUGGAUUUACUAUACGAGACGUCAUCGUAAUACAACAAUUCAUCCUGAUAAUCGACAAGAUGUCGAGAUAUUACGUCAACGAAAUGAAGAUCAUGGAGAUACCAAUAGUAGAAGAACAUCUUCAUCACAUAGUGGCCGAUCUCGACAGGACACAUGCCCGAUUUGUCUAGAAGAUCCGUUAGCAUUAUGUGUUGAAACAAAUUGUGGACACCUGUUUUGUGGUAAAUGCAUCAUUACAUUUUGGAAAUUUCAAUCUAAUUGGAUGAGUGGAUUGAAGUGUCCUGUAUGCCGACAACAAGUAACCGUGCUUUUAAAUUGUUUUACUGCUGAAGAACGUGCAGCACCCGAUAGUAAUGAUCGUCAAACAGUUGUCAACGGCGUGAAAGAUUUCAAUCGACGAUUUUCAAGUGCUCAACGAACGUGGCUUGAAUAUUUCUACGAUAUUCCUGUAUUAAUUCCUUAUAUAAUUCGUCAAGUGUUCUCAACCGAAGGUCUUGCAUUGGCAUAUCGUUUACGUGCAAUCGUUUUAAUGAUUGUCGUCAUCGCCUAUGUUAUAUCACCAUUCGAUAUACUACCGGAAAGUGUUCUUGGCAUAUUUGGUUUAUUAGACGAUCUUUUCAUUGUUCUUUCAUCUGCCCUCUAUAUUAUUAUUUCCUUUCGACAAAGUUUGGCUCGUUGA